AUCACAUUCACCUUCCAAACCAAACUAAACCAAACCAGACCAGACGUCCUGAGUGAGUCCAGCUACAGGAGAGAAGAGUCAAACUACAACCUGCCGACGCUCCACACACUGACCCUUCACCUGGAGACUCAAUGGCUUCCAGAUUAGAAGAGGAUCUCUGCUGCUCCGUCUGCCAUGAUGUCUUCAGAGAUCCUGUCAUUCUGUCAUGUAGCCACAGCUUCUGUAGAGACUGUGUGAAGAGCUGGUGGAAAGACAAAGAAGUAAAAGAGUGUCCACUUUGUAAGAAAAGACAUUCAAAGGAUAUACCACCUAACCUGGUGUUAAAGAACCUGUGUGAGACCUUCUUACAGGAGAGAGAUCAGAGCUCUUCACCUGCUCUCUGCAGUCUGCACUCAGAGAAACUCAGACUCUUCUGUCUGGAACAUCAGCAGCCAGUGUGUCUCGUCUGCAGAGAUUCAGAAAAACACAGCGACCACAGAUUCAGACCCAUAGAGGAAGCUGCACAAAAACACAAGAAGCAGCCUCAGGAAACUCUGGAGCCCUUGAAGAAGAAGUUACAGUGUUUUGAACGUGUUAAAGUAGAGUUUGAACAAACAGCAGAACACAUUAAGGUCCAGGCCGGACUCACAGAGACGCAGAUCAAGGAGCAGUUUAAAAAGCUUCAUCAGUUUCUGGAGGAGGAAGAGGAGGCCAGAAUGGCUGCACUGAGGGAGGAAGAGGAGCAGAAGAGUCGGAUGAUGAAGGAGAAGAUUGAGGCUCUGAGCAGAGACAUAACGGCUCUUUCAGACACAAUCAGAACCACAGCGGACGAGCUGAGAGCUGAAGACGUCUCGUUCCUGCUCAACUACAAGGCUGCAGUGGAACGAGUCCAUCAGCGCCCCCUGCUGGAUGAUCCACAGCUGGCCUCAGGAGCUCUGAUAGACGAGGCCAAACAUCUGGGCAACCUGAGCUUCAACAUCUGGAACAAGAUGAAGGACGUGGUCUCCUACAGUCCUGUGGUUCUGCACCCAAACUCUGCUCAUCCAUGGCUCGUCCUGUCUGAAGAUCUGACCAGUUUGAGACGAGGAGAGGAACAGAAGCUUCCUGACAAUCCAGAGAGGUCUGAUAAGCACAGCUUAGUCCUGGGAUCUGAAGGUUUUAACUCAGGGACUCACAGCUGGGACGUCCUGGUUGGAGACAGUACACGCUGGUCACUGGGUAUAAGAGCAAAGCCUGUCCAGAGGAAGGGAAGAGAUCUGUCUGGAUUAUGGGUAAUAUGGUUCUAUGAAGGUAAAUACAACGUAUUGUCACAAUCAGAAUCAUCUGUUCUCUCUGUGCAGAAGAUCCAGAGGAUCAGAGUGAAACUGGACUGGAACAGAGGAGAACUGUCGUUCUCUGAUCUUGAUACUAACAAACACAUUCACACCUUCACAGACACUUUCACUCAGAAGAUCUUUCCAUUCUUUAACACUACAGGUCACAUGAAGCUGUUACCUGUGAAAGUCUCUGUGACGCUGGAUUAGAGCCGUUAGAGAUAAAGAUUUUAUUCAUCAUGUUUAUUUCUUCAAGAGAAAU